AUGGGAGAUCUGGACGGUACUGCUCAGUGUCUGACAGGAGUGGAAAAUGAGAAAGAGGAGCUUCAUAAUCUUACCACACUUCUGCAGAAGUCUUUAGAGGAGUUAUCCCAAGAAAAAAAGCGUACCCUCGCGCUUCUGCGAGAAAGAGGACAGGAUGUGGCUGAAACAGGAAGUGAUCGGCUGGCUUCUUUAGACUCUCAGAAUCCAGAGGUGCAGCUUCAGGGCAACCUGCGGGAAAUCGAGGAGCAGAUGAGGAGCCUGCUUAAAGAGAAAGAACAGGCAGAAGAAAGGUGA